CUGGAACACUCUUCUCUCCUGGGAGCCGGGGGCCGGUCCUGCGAGGGAGCCGUGAGCCAGAGUGUGCCGCACAAGGCGCUGAGAUGAGGGUUGUACCAGGCCAGGUUAAUCUGAGCACACUCCCAUCUCCACAGCCAUCAUCCCAGGCCUGUAAAGGAGACUCAGUCUGUGAAUUCAGAUCAUGGCCAUGCACUGGAACUCUGAGAUGCUGCUGGGAUGCUCCACACUCUUCCUUCUGCUCCUCGGAGGGGCCCGAGCCUGUGGCAGGGUCACAGUGGACUCACCCAUCAUUCUCUUGGGAUCUACAGUCACAGCCUCUUGCACCAUCCAAAGCAACCGCUGCGGUGGCUUGGAAGGUGAGGAAAUCCAGAUCACGUGGAGACUCAACCGCGAGUCCAUGUCAGGGAGCCAGCACAAGAGCGUUGAAGGAGCAGACGUUUCCAAUCUCACCAUCAGCCAUUUCAACCUAACCAGGGCCAAGCUGUGGUGCUUUGUGGUGGGGAACGGCACCCCGCAGCGGAUAGACAUGAAGGAGAUCCACGCAGGCUAUCCACCAUCGAAGCCUGAGAAUCUAACCUGUAUGAUGAACCUCAGUGAGAACAGCCUGACGUGCCGCUGGGACCCCGGGCUGGACGGACACCUCCCAGCCAGAGUGGCUCUGAAAAGUUCCAAGAGCAGAGGCCAGUGUGACGUUUCCCAGGAGGCGAUCUCAAACUGUAUCCCACAAGCCGGCCAGAACUACUGCACCAUUUCUCGCAGCUUUCUCCAGCUGUACCAGAAAAUGGACAUCUGGGUGUCAGUCCAGAAUGCCCUGGGCACAGCUGAGUCUGAGCAUCUGUGCAUCGACCCCAUGGAUGUAGCCAAACUGGAUCCCCCUGUCCUAAAGAGCAUCCAGUCAGUCCCUUUCCAGACUGACUGUGUCUCCGUGGCCUGGGAAGUGGCUCCCACCAGCUCCCACAUAGAGCAGCAGUGUGAGCUCCGCUACAGGACCCAUGAGGACCCUGGAUGGACUCUGGUCCCCAACAUUGUCAGCCCCAACCUGAAGACCCAUCACUGCGGCUUCCUCUUUGGGACGGAGCAUCGCUUCCAGAUGCGCUGCAGGCGGGUCACAGCGAUGGGCUACUGGAGCGAGUGGAGCCCGGGAUGGAAUUUCACCACCCACGAGAAAGCUCCUGCAGGGAAGCUGGACGUUUGGUGGAAGAUGACGCCUGUGGACUCUGGGAAGACAGCGGAGGUUCAGCUGCUGUGGAAGGCUCUGAAGCGGAACGAGAUGAAUGGCAGGAUCCUGGGGUACUGGGUCUCCCUGAAUCCCAGACAGAGGAAUGUGGAGCUAGCCGCUGUCUGCAACACGACCGAGAUGCAGUGCAAUUUCUCUGUGCUGGCUGGGGUCAGGAGAGUUUAUCUCGCAGCCUAUAACUCAGCAGGCGAGUCUGCAGCAACAGAAGUUAUCUUCCUUGAGAAGAAAGGGCAGCCCCUGGCCGGGAUCCACACUUCCCCCUGUGAUGAGCACAGCCUCUGGGUGCACUGGGAGGCACCCAGAGCCACAGCCACUGGGUACGUACUUGAGUGGCGCCAAACAGCCUUGCCGGGGCCAGCCAGGAGCAGCGGGAGCUGGCAGGUGGAGCGGAACAGGAGUGCCACCAAGGCACUAAUCCGAGAAAAUAUUGAGCCUUUCCAGCUGUACAAUAUCUCCGUGUACCCGUUGUAUGCGGACGCGGUGGGGCUGCCCCUGCACACAGCAGCCUAUUCAAAAGAGAAAGCUCCAUCCUGUGCCCCUAAAUUCCGCCUCAAGAGUGUCAGCAAGUCCCACGCCGAGCUCUGCUGGGACCCAGUCCCCAUUGAGAUGCAGAAUGGCUUCAUCACGAACUACACCAUCUUCUGGGCCAGCACCGCCAGCGAUGAACUCCGUGCCGUUGUGAACUCCUCCUUCACCACCUUCACCGUCAGGGGCCUGCUGCCGUCGACGAUGUACAAAGUGCACAUAAUGGCGUCCACAGCAGCCGGCAGCACCAACAGCACAACCCUGACGCUGGUGACCCCGGUGCUGGAUGAGAAAGAAAUCCAGUAUCUCCUCCCGUUCUUUGGCCUCGUGUGUGUCGUGCUUGUAGUAUUAUUCGUCUGCUUCCAGAAGAAUCGGAGGGUGAAGAAUCAGUUCUGGCCCAGCGUCCCGGACCCAGCUAACAGCAGCCUGGGCAAGUGGGUGCCAGCCGACCUGCAGCAGGAGACUCUCCAGACAGCCAGUGCGAGGGAGCCUGGCCUGGUGACCAUUUCUGACAUCACCGUGCUCGAAAAAGGAGCCGAGAAGAAGGCACCGCUCUGGGGGAAGAAGGACCCUGUCCCAGCAGCUGCUGGCAGCUUCCCGGCCCUCCCCAAAUCCUACAUCCACCCCAGCAGCUCCGGCCUGCCGAGCGGCAGCAGAGCUCCGGGAGAGGCGCGGCCGGGCUCGUACGUCAACACUGCUGGGGCCGUCCAGUACGCCAAAGUAGUUGCAGAAGGCUACAGGGGCCAGCAGCAGCAUGUCCCAUCUCCCCUCUACAUCCGGUCCGACUCCACUCAGCCCCUGUUGAGCGAGUCGACGCCCAGCCCCAAGCCUUAUGAGAACCUGUGGUUCCACGGGGCCCCGCCGGCAGGGCUGCACUGCCAGAGUUCCCAGGAGGAUGUGGCCUUCCUGGAGGAGCCGCUGAUCGACUUCCCCCUGCUGCAGGGCCUGAAAAUCGACGGGGCCGAGGACCUGCAUGACUUCCAGCGAUUCUAGCGCCUUGCGGAGGCCAGGAGAAUGGGCAGCUCAAACAGACGUGUCUCUCCUGGCCAGCCUCACACCGCCCCCCCCUUCCCAAACCUCCAUGGAGUAGGCACCAAGCUGCUGUUUGCAUUUGCACCACAUACUCUCAAAGCAUUGGCGUGGCUUGAGCCUUGGGGAGGCGGAGGGUUGGCCGGACGCCCAGGGAUGGUGCAUCCCACCGCCCUGCAGGAAUACGGAGUCUGGCUCCUUGGCUGGCAGGGGCUGGAAGCUCACAACCAGAUCCUGCUCAGGGCAGUGAGGAGCUGGGUGCUGUCUGCUCUGGACUCCAGCGAGAGCAGUGUGCUCUGUAGCUCACAGAAUCAGGCCCUGAGUGCCUUCCCCGAAAGCUCCUCUAGUCUCUUUCUCCCCAGGCCGGUGGGGCUGGGAAUGCGGCAGAGAGCCCUACGGAGGGAGAGCGCAUCCCAGGCAGCCCCGCUGGCCGGCCGGCGCUCAGGGCAGUGCUGAUUACCUAAAGGAGCUGCACCCAUCUGAGCUGAGGGAAGGUGGCUUUGAUGCAGAGAGGAAGGACGGGGGGAAUCCCUGAAAACAGAACAUCAGCUGCGUGCAGGGUCCAUGCAGAGGCUGCAGGCUCUGGAGUCCAGACUUGCUCUGCAGCUGUCUCCUUUCUGCAGCUACUAUCCCCAGUGCUGCCCUGGUAGGGAGGGAGUCCCGCAGACUUGGCUAAAGACUUUAUAAAGCUCCCUAUCUUCUAAGGAAAUGUCAAUGAACAGUCUUCUAAGCUCAUUAUCCUGCUCCCUGGGGUUCUCUGGCAAGGACCAAGCCACGGCUCUGCAUGGCCCUCGCCGAGAUGGGGAGCUGAGAAACUUCACUGCACUUUCUAAACCCCAAGUUAAUGUUCUGCUAUUUAUUUGCUUCUCUACAUGCUCACUUGUUACCCUGGGGACAUUUGCAAAGAGUCAGCGCAGCAAGAGCUGUCUGAGGCCAGGGGAUGGGUACUACGCUGCUGAGCUGUUUACUGCUAGGUUACCAGUUCAAAUCUAACCGAGGUCCAUAGUGACCGACAGUCGGGCCCUUGGCUGGAUGUCUAGGGCUUGGCGUGUGAAAUGAACUGGGUGUCCAAGUGGGACUGUGUUACCAAAAGGGAUCAUGAGCUCCCCGGUCAGCCUGUGAGAUGGGACCCCCAGCCAAGGGCUUGGGGUGCUGUGAGGAACGUGUGCCCUGCCGCUCUCAGGCUGUUCCUGUUCACUGGGGGGCGGGAUGAUCCCGUGUUUAGCCUAGAAUGGGGUAGACCUGGGCUAGGUUCCCUUCCUCACUCCUGUGACCUAGGGCAUGUCACAAAGGGUGUGUUCACUUUGCAGUGUAAACCCGGGGCUGUGGGACCUGGGCCUGUGGACUCAAUGGAUCCAAGCCCUCCCUUGAGCAUCUACACUGCAUUGCAAACCUGGGUUUACAAUUGCCGGCCCCAGGUCUCACAGCCGUGCUAAUGGGUCCAUACCGCACUACGCAGCCCUUCUGACUCGGAUCUGUGGCUUGGCCUGCAUCCAUGCUGCAAAAUGAAAGGCUUGGACCUCUCAGCGGGUCCCAGGUCCUGAGUGCUUGCUGACCCCCAAGUCAGACUGAUUUGUGUGUGGACAGAAGGGGAACUUGGGCUCAAACCCGAGUCAGACCCUAUGCUGCGUGUGCAAUGUAGACAUACCCUUUGUCUCUCUAGGCCUUGGCUCCCCAGUGGAAAGCACCAUCCGGCCUCCCAGUGUGUCAUUGGGAUAAAUGCCCACAGGAUUGUGAGGUGCUCAAAUACCACAGCAGUACAGGGAGGCAGUACUGUAGAUGGCAGGUACAUUAAGGCUUUAAGUCUCCCGGCCUGCCAGCCCAGCACUGGAAUCGCCACUAGCCUGUUUACCUUUUGAAACAGUAUUUUUUAAGCGAUUGGGCUGGCUUCGGAGCUGGAGCGUAGCAACUUUCCGUAGCUUUGGAAGGAGUCGGCUGGGCACUGGAUGCUGCGGCGGAAGCUGCACUGCAGCAAACCCACCCCCAGCUCACCCUGAGAAGCCCAGAGGAUGAAACGCAGCUUCUUAAGGCUUGUUCAGAACUCCCCCAGUGUUGGGGUUUGGGCAGCGAGUAGAGUAGAUCCUUCUUUACGCUGAGCCAUUUUGCUCACCCUGACUGUCAGCUCAGGAAGUUAUCAGUCUGCUCGCCUCACGGCAGCAUUAGCUGCUGUCAAGCAUUAAUAGAGCCAGUAGUGAUCCCCGUUCCCCCUGCAAGGCAAUCAGUGCUCGUUAGCAGUAGGGUUAUUUCCUUUAAGGGUUUUGAAUUGAGCCAUUUGCUGGACGUGCUGUGCCUCGGCGUGUGGCCUGUUUCGGUUGCUGUGAACAUUGCACUGGGUAGGACUGUUGGCUGGUGGACCUAGCUGCCAAUAACACUGUUGUUAUGUGGUGGUGGGGACUGGCGAUAUUUCACAGGUAAAGUGUUGUACAGCCAUGUAACCAUUCCAAACCUGUACGUGUUGCCCCAGCAGCCGCUCCGCCUCGGGCGCUGUUUGUAGUAUACCACUCAGAGGGAAGGUUUCCCUUUAUGGGUUUGGUUUUUUAUGUUUCCUUGGUUUGUUUCCUUUGAACAGGUCAUUGUAACAUUCUGAAAU